GGUUCCAUUGGUCCCUCACUUUCAGCUUCAAUGUAAACAAAAUAAGAAAACUUCAGUAAGCUAUAGAUUCUCCUUCCACUUUUCAUUCUUACUCCUUCUCACUACUUUAAAAUUCCAAAAUCCCCCUCUGAUUACCAAACAUUAUGGGUGAUAGCUUUUUGGAGUUCUCUACUCGUCUUCAUCUCUUCAACUCCAUUCAACCCAAAAGACACCAUUGGAGUUCUCUCAUUGUCUCAAAGAUGGCACCUUUAGUGAUACUACUGCUACCACUGCUGCUGUGUGGCACUGUGUCUGCAUGGGAGGCGACGUGCUCUGGCCAAGUGCCGGCAUGGCAGCGUGCGGAGACUAUAUCACUAACUGAAUUCGGUGCUAUCGGAGAUGGUCGCACAUUGAACACUUGGCCUUUCAGGAAGGCUAUAUACCAAAUAGAGCAUCUCCAACGACGCGGUGGUACUACGCUCUACGUCCCUCCCGGUGUGUGGCUCACCGGCAGCUUCAACCUUACCUCUCAUAUGACUCUGUUUCUUGCUCGCGGUGCUGUCAUUAAGGCCACAAGAGAUGCAUGGAAUUGGCCGCUGAUGGAUCCUUUACCAUCCUAUGGGAGAGGGAGGGAAUUGCCAGGGGGUAGAUAUAAGAGCUUGAUUCAUGGGAAUGGACUCCGUGAUGUUGUAAUAACAGGUGAGAAUGGAACCAUUGAUGGGCAAGGGGAUGUAUGGUGGAACAUGUGGAGACGAAGAUCACUUCGUUUUACAAGGCCACAUCUUCUGGAGUUCAUGCAUUCCAGAAAUAUUAUCAUCUCUAAUGUUGUGUUUCUGAACUCUCCAUUUUGGAAUAUCCACCCAGUUUAUUGCAGCAAUGUUGUGAUUAAAUCAGUGACAAUUCUAGCUCCACAUGAUUCUCCUAACACUGAUGGGAUUGAUCCUGACUCCAGCACCAACGUGUGCAUAGAGGACUCAUACAUUUCAACAGGGGAUGAUCUGGUGGCUAUCAAGAGUGGGUGGGAUGAAUACGGCAUAUUCUACGGCCAGCCCAGCUCUGGCAUCACCAUUAGAAGACUAACAGGCUCCUCACCCUUUGCCGGCAUUGCUAUUGGUAGUGAAAACUCUGGUGGAAUUUCAAAUGUCUUAGUAGAGGACAUUGAUAUCUUCAACACUGGAAUUGGAAUACAUAUCAAAACCAAUAUGGGCAGGGGAGGUUACAUAAGGAACAUAACGUUCAUGGAUGUGAGAAUGAACACUGUCAGGAAAGGAUUGAGGAUUGCUGGCAAUGUGGGUGACCAUCCUGACAACAAGUUCAAUCUAAAAGCAUUGCCUGUAGUGAAUGGAGUGACCAUAAGAAAUGUUUGGGGUGUUAAUGUGCAGCAACCGGGGAGUAUAGAAGGGAUCAAGAAUUCGCCUUUUUCCCAUAUAUGUCUUUAUAAUGUGAAGUUCUGGGGCAUUAAAAUGCGGUACACGUCUUGGAAGUGCAUGCAUGUGAGCGGAACGGCUUCCGAAGUUGAGCCGUGGCCAUGUGCAGAGCUUGCACGAUCUCCAGCCUCAGGGUUGUGCUCUAAUGCUUUCUGAUUGUUUUGUUUGUUCGUUUUAUCUAUCUCUCUGCCUCAUGUUAUAAUAAACAUGUCUGAGGCUCUGAGCUUGCUCA